AUGGGUACGACUUCCUCGAGGGAGUACUACGAGUACCACCACCACCACCGCCACCACCACCACCACGGCGCCAAGAAGCGCCUCUACCUCGAACCCCCCACCAACGGCUCCGUCACCGUCCGCACAAAGAGGACGACCUUCAUCCCGGCUCCGCCCCGCGAGCUCACACCCCCUCCCCCGCCCGUCAUCGUCGAGCCCGCACCGCCGCCGCCGCCCCCCAAGGUCGAGACCCCUCCGCCGCCGCCCCCGGCCCUGCCGUCUCCCCCGCCGCCACCGCCGCCUGCCCCCGUGGUGAUCCCGCCGCCGGCGCCCAUCGAGGUCAUCGCCGUGGACGUCGAGCCCUCGGUCAAGUCGAGCAAGAGCUCGCGCAGCAGCCGGAGCCGCAGCCACUCGCGCCGCGGGAGCCGGAGCCGCGAGCGGGACAUCCGGGAGGUCUACGUCGAGCGGGAGAAGCUGGUGCCCGUCCGGGUCCCGUACCCCGUCCCCGUCCCCGUCGAGCCGCGGUACGAGACGUUCCGCUACGUCGAGGGCAGGCGGUACAGCCCGCCGCGCAUGCUGCCGCCGCCGCCGCCGCCCGAGGAGGAGAGGAUGCGGGUCACCAUCUCGGACCGGAGGAGGGAGAGGGAGUACAACUACCGGCGAUGA